ACUUUUUUUAUCUUUCCACAAGAAAAAAGGGCGUAAAUAUGUACAAACUAUCUGUUAAAAUGGGUCAAGACUCUUUUGCAUUGCAUAGACAUAAUCCCAAUUCCGAUUUGUUUGGCAUCAUACAAAUUCAUUCCGGAACUGUGUGUUUCAAACCUCCAACAUGGACUCAAAUACGACUUGUAGGUAAAGAAAAGAUAGGUGAUAAUGUAAAAGUAAUUGUGGAUGAUACCUAUCAACUCUCAAGUCGCCCAAAUGAUUGGCAGUAUAAAGAAGACGCUUUCUGUCAACUUGACUUUAGUCUUUCGGUUCCGAGUACUAUACCUAGUUCGUUUCAUGAUGAAAACUCUGAUAUGAGUAGAGGCAUCUACUAUACAAUUCAGGUCAAAACGUCCUUGUGUGAACAAAUUUUGGCUCAACCUGUACAUUUUCAUCAGUCCACUAAUGCUUUGUUACCUAAACGAGUCUUUUGGGGGAUUGCGAAAAUGGCCAACCAUCAUCAUAAAUGGCAAUACGAGCUGGAGUUUCCAAACACAUUUGAUCUCGUCAGUUCAUUCCAAUGAUUGCUGCUUAAUAGGAUGCCAAAUUGUACAGCUGGUUCACAUGCAAGGUUAUGAGAGUGCAAGUCAAGUGCUUACAACUGUAACGACAUUAUUACGAUCACCGAGUAAAACGUGGAUUCAACCAAGUCAAUUGGAAUUUGACCUGAAUCAGCCUAUUUUACCUACAGUUGACAGCUUGAGGCUUAGCGUAGAGCAUUAUAUUAAAUUCACGUUUGCAUUCUGCAAUGCAGCAGGCGAAUCAGACUUAAACUUAAGUCUUGAGUUUCCUAUGAACUUUAUUGGUUACACGGAACUAGUGGGCGAUUCUAGUAUGAUCCAAGUACAACAGAGAUCCAACUCAAUAGCAUCAUCAUUAUCUUUGUCGUCGCUGAAUUCAGAAGAAGUUGCUAGCCAGGAUAGUGCUAUUGAUACAUUAAUAUCUCCAUGUAGUAAACCAGAUUGUUAUCCUCAGCUAAUAACUUUGUACAAAUAAACGCAUUUGAUUAUCAC